AUGCCUAUCGAAAUCCCCGCCGCCAAUUCCCUCAUGGACCUCUUUAGUCUCAAAGACAAGGUCGUUGUCGUGACAGGUGCCUCCGGCCCACGAGGAAUCGGCCUGGAAGCAGCCCGCGGCUGUGCAGAGAUGGGUGCCGACAUCGCAAUUACAUACUUCUCCCGCCGCGAAGGCGCAGAAGCCAACGCCAAAGCCCUAGAAGAAGAAUACGGCGUCAAAGCCAAAGCCUACAAAUGCGACACGGCCAAGUGGAACGAAGUACAAGUCUUCGUUGCGAACGUCGUCGCUGACUUUGGCAAGAUCGACUCGUUCAUCGCUAAUGCCGGUCGCACCGCUGACGCUGGUGUUCUCGAUGGCUCUGUUGAAGAUUGGGAGAACAUCAUCCAGGCAGAUCUCAACUCUGUCUUUUAUUGUGCUAAGGCUGUUGGUCAGCACUUCAAGGCGCGUGGCAAGGGCAGCUUUGUCAUUACUGCUUCUAUGUCUGGUCACAUUGCCAAUUAUCCUCAGGAGCAGACCUCGUAUAAUGUUGCCAAGGCUGGGUGCAUUCAUAUGGCGCGAUCUUUGGCGAAUGAGUGGAGGGACUUUGCUCGUGUCAAUACUAUCUCACCUGGUUAUAUUGAGACCGGUCUUGGUGACUUUUGCCCGGCUGAAAUGCAGGAGACUUGGAGGAGCUUGAUUCCUAUGGGACGGCAGAGUCAUCCUAAGGAGUUGAAGGGUGCCUAUGUGUAUUUCGCUAGUGAUGCCAGCACCUACACCACUGGUGCCGAUCUUAAGAUUGAUGGUGGUUAUACUUGCCGGUAA